AUGAUCCUGCAGACGUCCCCAGGCGAUUUCGACGCGGUGUACAAUCAUGGACUCGUGCUGCAGGAGCUGGCAGCCAGGGUGCGGAUGGGAAUCGAGGGUGGGGAGCGUGAGGGGGACAUCAAGCAAGUGUGGCAGCUGUUGCGGGAGGCUUGUGACCGAUAUUCACGUGCUCUGGAGAUUCGUCCCAGCUUCCAUGCUGCGCAGUACAACUGGGGCGUGGCUUUGAGUGAGCUGGCAGGUCUGAUGAAACGCGCUGAUGGCCAUCAAGCCCUGUACCAUUUGCAUGACGCAGCUUUGAGGUAUUCGCAGUCCCUGCAGGGCAACCCUAACAACCCCCAGGCACUCAACAAUUGGGGUUUAGUACUUCAGGAGGUCUCCUCAUUCCACACCGACCUGGAGGUGAAGCUGAUGCUGGCAGCGCAGGCCAUCGACAAGUUCCGCCGGUCUCUGCGGCUGCAGCCAGACUUUGACCAUGGAUGUUACAACCUGGGUACAGUCUUCUACACACAUGCCAGCACCCUCCGCACCCAGCUGCGGCGCACAGAGGAUACCAUCAUCUCUCAGGCGGCAUUGGACUGGCUGGCAGCAUUGAGUGCGCUGAACGGGUCGGAGCUGGGAAGUCAUGAAGCAGUGGAUGCCAUGAUGCAGAAGGCCGCACAGUACAUUGUGCUGGCCUGGGCCCUGCAACCAGGCAAGGAAGUGUACAGCCAAUCUGUGAAGGUUGUGCAGAAUAUGCUCCCCAGGCCCUUCCUUAGGGUGGGAUAUCUCAAGGCCCCCAAGUUGAGCACACUGGGGGGACCAACAGAGAGUUGGGAACGGCAAUUUUUUGCUUUGGACCAGGGGACGCUCCGCUCAGGUAGUGCCCUGCAGCUGACGAUGCGAUCAAGGGGUCGUGCUGCUUCCCCUCCCAUAGCCGAGGUGCCAACAUCUGAAGAUGACUAUGUUGUGGACUUGGCCGAUGUCAUAUCUGCCGUGCGCUGCUUGGAGCUGAGCCUGCCUGAAGGAGAGGCGUUCUGGAUCGGGCUGAAAAGCAGGCCACAGGGCAUGUACUUUGUUGCUGAAGACAAGGAAACAGCCGAGGAGUGGGUGGAUGUGCUGACACUCAUGCAAAACAUCCAUUCGCAGCAAAAGGCGAAGUCUUUAGCCACAGUGCUAUCACCGGGCAAGGCACACAGGAGCACCGAGUGA